GUCGAGGACAAACUGAUGCGAGACACACGUCCUGAUCCAGCGGGUGAAUCUCCUCCGAGGACUGAGACCCAUGAGUCUGAUCUGAUACCGAGAAGCAGCUGGAGCCAUGAGGGGAGACGCGGCGGAGAACGUCGCAGCAGAGACAGAAGGAGCAUCUGCAGAAACACAACCUAGAGUUGUGACGUUACGACAGAUGCUGAAGAAAGCUUCUCAGAACCCGUCCCUCCCCCAGUACACGACUCUCGUUUCAUCUCCCUCAGACUCCGGUGGAUCGUCUGUGAACGAGCCUCAGAAGGACGAGGAGCCGGCUCACGUGUCAGCUGCUGCUUCACAUGUUACGGACUCGAACCACCGGCACCACUCGGCACAGAAUGGAGUCCAUGUGGACCCGACCAGAAGGAACCCGUUUUACUCUGAUUACCUGGAGUCGGGCAGCAAAGGUCACGUGAUGGAGAACGUGGAGAGAGAAGCAAACCUGAACGACAUCUUCGUCCCUCCACCUGAAUUCCAGAGCUCCCCUCUGGAUCUUCAGCCCGAGCUUCACGGAGAGGAACCUCAGAACGACCUGUUCCCGACCUUCGCUCCGAGCCGGGUAGACAACCUGCCGCUCACAUUGACCCGAAAGGAAUCUACUGAUGGUCAUCAUCACGAUGAAACCUUCAACUCUCCGGACUUAUUCAACGUGAACCUGCAAACACAGAACGUCUCCAGAGCCUCCGAGGGGGGGGGCUGUCUCCAGGCUGCUGAAGGAGCAGCUCGAGCUGAGGAGAAGAACCUCUUUGAGAAGCCUCCUCAGAUCUAUGUGCCUGAUCUGCUCAAGUCUUCACAGCCCAGAGCGGGGAAUCCGUUUUAUACUGGUUCCACAGAUGGGGCAGAUUUGUUUCCUUCUCAAAGUGGAGAACUUCUCCACACGAGCCACAAACCAGAUCCCUCAACCAAACACUUUGACCUGUUCAACUCGUCGAACAAGGAGAACCGGGACGUGUUCUCAUCCACAAACACUUUUGACCCGUUCUCAAGCCCGGUUGAAAGGAAUCUAUUCCAAGACGUCUUCAGUCUGGACGACCCGUUCGGAACCACGCCUUCAAAACAAGGUGACCCUUUCCAGGAGGUUUCCAAUGGGACUCCAGACCUCUUCAGUCCACUUCCCUCCAGCAGCAGCACCGGGUUCUCUCCACACCCGCUCAGCAGCACAUCAGAGAUGAAGCCGGACAUGCUGUCCUCUCCAGAUCUCUUCAGGGCGACGCCAUCAGACUCUCUUCCAGCCAUCCAACCGGCUUCCUCGAGCAGGUCACAUGACAUUGUCCUGACCACGCCUCAGGGAACCAAACAUUCGAUUCUUCAUCCGACUCCCUUCAGUCAGGCCCGAGGUCUGUCCCCCGGUCCGGAUCCUGCUGAGAUGACUCGUCAUCAGAGCUUCAAACGUCCACCGAAGCCACUCCCCCGAACUCGACCACAGAGGGGAGAGAAGCCACAGAUCCCAGAACUACCACCAAAACCAGGAGGGCCACCCCCCCCUCUAAAGCCGGUCGAACCUCCGGCUCCUAAGACGUCUCCUAAACCGGCCUUCAGGCCGCUGCCUUCCAUCCGCCGCAAACCCAAAACUCCGGAAAGUAAACCAGUGAAGUCUGAGAACUACGUGGUCUACGAGGACAUCCUGCUCAUCGGACAGGAAAUGUGUGUGGAAGACUGGCCUGAGGACAGUCCACAGCUUAACCCUGAAUUCAGACCAUCUGGAAGGUUGAGACUGCGGCGCGAGUCCAUGAAGGUGGAGAUGGACCAUGAUGGAGGAAGUGGUGAGGACCAGGAUGCUUCUGGAAAUCCGAGCAAGAAAAGGGACAAGAAGCUCAGAAUGUCCCUCCUGUCCAGAAGAGGCACGAAGGAGAAGUUUCCUGACGCCACGAAAGAGGGAAGGAGCAGGACACUCUCCACCCCCCCGAGGUCCUCCAAGGAGGUUUCCUCUGAAGAGCAGCAGGCUGCAGCAGAGCAUGAAGAUGAACUGAACGGCCUGGACUACAGAAAGAAACCUCUGAAGAGCAAAGUGACUCAGCUGCUGAGACGAGCUUCCACCAAGACUGCAGUGCGGGGGGGAAAGAGCGCAAGCGGAAAUUCACCUAAUGACACAAAGGCGGCGGUGUCGGGGGGGAGUGAAGCUGAGGACGCAGCAGACGCUCAACAUGACGAGAAGAGAAAAAACAAGAUGAAAAUGAAGUUUGUGCCACAAAGACGAUUCUCCACCUCUCUGCCAAAGACGGACGAUGAAGUGAGAGGUGCGACUGGAUACACUCCACAGAAAGGAUCCAAGGAUCGUGUGUUUGAGGACGAAGACGAGAUGAAAGACUUCGGUCCUCAGUCCACAAGCAAGGGAAGUUUCACGGGCGACAGGAACUUCCAGGAAACAGAUGAAGAUUUCUACGGAUAUGACGACUUGAAACCCAAGAAACCAGCAAAGAUGAAAUUCCUGCACAAGAGUCACAGAAGCUCGAAGGAGAACGUUCUGGACGAGUCCAGUUCCCAGAGGAAGAUGAGCAGCUGGUCAGUCGAGGAGCUGGACGGGGAGGAGCUCUACGGGAUGGAAUACUCCAAACAGAAAAAAUCCAAACAUAGAGGUUCUCACACCCUUCAACCCAAAGCUAAGACGAGCUCCGAUACAUCCAGACAGAGUGAGGCGAUGGGGCGGAGCCACCACACACCGCACCACGCAGCUCACGACGACUUUGCAGUGGAGGAAUUCACAGGGAAUCUUUCCACCAGUAGAGGAGAGAUGUAUUACAGUGAGCAGUAUCUAGACGACUCCUCCAAACCGAAGAAGUCCCUGAAACUCAAAGGCUUCAAAAAGCACAAGACUAAGAGCAAAGACAGGCCUCCAGAGUGGAAGGAUCCAUCUGGAUUUUCCUCGGGUGACUUCAUGUCCGAGGCUGCAAUGGCGGAGUGGAUGGCGGCUCAGCAGGAUGAACGAGCUAUGGCCGGUUUUCAGGAUGAAGACGAGGACGGGGACACGGACAGUUUGAUGGAGUGGUGGAACACCGUGGAGCAGUGGGACGAGCUGCCGUCGGACGACGAGAGCCGAGUCGACCACCAGGACGAGUCCAGGUCUUUCAGCGUCUUGGCGGACAAGGUCCACCGCGGCCUGCGAGUCUUCAACAAGGUCUUCACGGAGCGAGCCGAGAUCCUGUGGCAGUCCAUCAUCCUGCUCCACGCCAUCACCGACGACAUCAGCGACUUCCACAGGAAAGCCAAGGCCGCCGGCAUCACCACCACCGCUGUGGGGGGGGUGGCGGCCAUCACAGGCCUGGCUCUGGCGCCCUUCACCUUCGGCAUCUCUCUGGUGAUCACAGCUGUCGGUGUCGGGAUGGCGACGGCCGGAGGAAUCGCUUCAGCCACCUCCGACAACUCCAACAACAUGCACGACAGGAAGAAGGUGGAGAUAGCGCUGAAUGAGUAUGAAGGUCACCUGCUGGACCUGGGGAAGAUCCUCCACUUCAUCGAUAAGGGCUUGUACAAACUCCGCGGCCACCCGUUCCUCCGGUCGGGCACCCAGCACUACUCGGAGGACUGGGAGACUCGCAGGGCCGUGCAGAUCAUCAGCCUGGUGGACUCGCCCGUGAUGCGAGCCACGGAGAUCAUAGACUGGGCCAUCGCCUCGGUGCAGGGCCUCUUCAGGGGGAUGGACCAGUUCUUCGUGAAGGACUCACGCGAGCUGAAGAAGGGCUGCAGGAUUGAGGUGGUGGCGCAGAUCAAGGGUGUGGCCAACGUGCUGAACACUGCCGUGGUGGAGCUCAACUCCAUCAGGGAGGAGCUGCAGGAUGCAACAGGAAGCGUGUGAGACUCCAGGUGGACACAGCUCUGCUGGAUCAACAGCGCCCUCUCCUGGCCGGGGGAAUGGUCCCACGUAGAAUGAUUCUAACAUCAGAUUCUGGACUUCAUCAGAAAUGAGGGUAAAUUCCAGUCCAAUGCAAAAAUGUGAAGAUUUUAUUAAUAAACAGAGGUUUUUAUUCAGCUGUGGAUUCAUAUGUUUUAACAUGUUUUCAGUUCACUGGUGAAAAUAACAGGGAAUCCUUGAUUGGAUUGUAUUAUGUGAUUUAAAGGGUGUGGUCACAGAUUCGUCACCUUAAGCAUGAUGAGAAAAAAUAUAAAAUCAAUAUUAACUCACAAAGAUUGAAUUUGUGCAGCUGUAUUGAGUUGUAAUGUCGGUGAUUUUUUAAUUAUUUUUGUUGAAUCUACAAAUUGGAUAUCGGUGUAAUGAGGCAGGUUCUUAGUGGAUUUACAAUUUACACAUUGAUUUUCUGGAAUUAAGCCACUAAAUAUAAAAUGUUACAAUAUUCCUGUUUCAUCAGGGUAAUUAAUCUUAAAUGUAUAAUUAUAUGUCAUUGCUUCAUUAUAUAAUUGUUGUUUAUGUCUGUGUGAAAGAGUUAUACAAUAUCUUAUUUUUACAGUGCUCAUGUGUUUGAGCUUUAAAGAUUUCUAUCUCCGUAGAUUCCGAUUUGAUGCGGCUCCUGAGAGGAAUGUACCUGUAAAGGUCUAAAGAUAUUUUAUUUUGUUAUAUUCAGGUAUUAUACUAUGUGAAUAAAGAAGUUGUGAAUGUGUCCCGGUUGUUUAUUUGGCCUCAGGUGAUCAUCUCUCUACUUCCUGUUAUUGUUCGUGUUCAGGUUACAAACCUAAUUUCAAUAUUUUAAACUUAGCAGAUGUACUUUGGUGUUUUAUUCAGAAACUUAUUUCUACCACAUAACAAACUUAUCACGUGAUAAAAGUCAACACAUUGAAUAGAAUACUACAAUUCUGGUUAUAGAGCUAAAUGUAUAAAUGGAAUUUGAAAGCUAUUUCAUUCAACAAUGAAAAUAUUAAAUUUCAUUU